UAAUGGACAGCUAAGAAUAAUAGAACAGAGAAGAUGAUUUAAUAAUUGAAUCUUAAGAAGAAGACAAUCAGAAAAAGAAGAAAGACAAGAAAGAAAAGAAACUACUUAAGAAGCUUGAACAGAAAAAGCCAAUCGAUGGUAAAUAAUAAUUUGGAGAUAAAUCUAUAUGCCGAUUAUGUAAGGUGACAACAAUAUCAACCCCAACUGUGAUCUGCAUCAGAUGCCACUUUAAGUACCAUUAGGAAUGCAUACGAACUUAAAAUAAAGAGCCAUAAUUUCAGGAGGGAGCCAAAUGGCAUUGUCUAUCAUGUAUAGAAAGAAUGGCCAAAAGAAAACUAAAAGAGUCAGAACCUUAGAAAAAGAAGAAAACCAAUCAAAUACUUGAAUUUUUUUAGAAAACACCAUAGACAUAAGAAGAUAAAACUAAAAAACAUUCAGAAUUUCAGCAAAAAUACCCAACAUAUGUUUCUUAAGGAAGAGUAAUUUUUCCAAUAUUUGAUGAAUAUCUUACUGCAUAUUAAGGAUUAUUUAAUAUAGAGAUUAAAAAGAAGCCUCCACUUUAAUUAGAUCCUAAUAUACCUUAAGAGAUGUUUGAAGAUGUUCUUAAGAUAUGGGAUAGUUAUAAUAACAUGGAUAAAAUAGUUAGUGAUAUUUUGUAUGCAGGAGAACAAUAAGCUGAAUGUAUAUAAUUAUAUAAAGAAUUUAGAAUAAAGUUAAGUCAAUAAUAUUGGCACUCUCAUCCACUUUAAAGAUAACCAUAUUCCUUAUAGUGAAAAAAGUAGACUGGAAAUAUAUGAAUUAAUACAGACUAAACCAGAACAACUGAUCUUAUUUUUCUGUUACUUCUACUUAAAAUAAAUCAUAGAAGAUUUUGAUUAAGAAUAAAUGCAAAAAUAAUAAUAUGUAAUAUUACAUCAUAAUUUCUAAUAGAAAAUUCCAUACUGGCAUCUUCUAGGAUAUAUGUGGUUUACAAAUAGAAAUAGAUAUUACGAACUCCUAAGAGAUGAUAUCAAAUAACUCCCAACCAAUAUUGCAAGAUAAGGAAUCUUGUAAUUAUCAUUAGAUUUAAUGGACUUUACUGAUUACACUGACCUCAAAAAGGUUUGCAGACUUAUUAUCUCUUUAUCUGAUGGUUUGGCUGGGUUAAAAAAAACUUAAUUUCUAUAUUAAUUUAGAACAGAAAAUCUAUUGUCAAAUAAUCGAAUCAAAUAAUAAUUAGGAAUGUAAAUCAAAUAAUAAAGAAGUUAAUAAAUUGAUAUAAAAAAAGAAAUUAUUGAAGCAGAAGGUAAUAUCUCAAUUGCUAAAGUAAUAAUUAAUAAUCAAUAUAGUCUUAAUUAUAAUCAGAUGGUUUAACUAGAGUGGAUGCACAAAAGUUUACUCGCCAAAUGGAAACCGCCUAAAAGUAGGCUCAAAAAUUGAAAUAGUAGUAUUAAAAAUUGGAAAAAGAAAUUAUAACUCUCACUGAAAGAUAUAAUGAAUACGAUAAAGUAAAUAUUUAUCAAAUACCAUAGGAAUUAGCCAUUACAUAAAUGCCUGCCUUAUUAUUGAACCCAUCUAUGUGUUUAGGAUAAGAUGCCAGACAUAGUUCUUACUAUUUCUUUCUUUAUGAACCAGACAAGAUUUUUGUUUGUAUGAGACACUCAAUCAUAGAUGAUGAUGGAUCAGUAUAAUGGGGAUAUUAUGACAAUAAAGAAAUCCCUAAUUUACUAAACUCUUUUUGUGCUAAAGGAAUAAGGGAAAAUACAUUAAAGAAUAAUAUUGUUGAAUUAUAAAGAGCCAAAUUAUUAAUUGAACCUGACUAAAAUAAUGAAUAAAAUGAAUCCAUAUAAUAAGAAAAUCUUAAAAAUGGAAAAAAAUUAGAAUAAGAAAUAGAAUAAGAAAUCAAUUAACAUAGUGAAUAACCAGAAAGAGUCAAUAGUUUAUUGAACUUAGAAGUAGAUUAAUUAACAAAUGAAUUUAUUGAAAUAGAAUCCAGUUUAACAUAAUAUUUAAAUCAAAAAAAUUCAAGAUGGUGUAGUACAGAAUAGAGAAACUAUUUCAUUAAAAGUUUCUAAAAUAUAAUUGAUAAGAAAAAUCCAUAAGAAUAUGAUGAAGAUGAUUUGAAACCUUUAGCAAAUGCAAUUGAAUAUUUUGUAGACAAUACUAUGAUGUAAGAAAAGCUAGAAUUAAGAUUAGAAGAGGAUAUUGAUGAAAAAUUUAUAGAAAAUGAAGAUGAUUCUUAUUAAUAACCUAAUAGAAGAAGAAAAGUUGUUGAAGAUGAUUCCUCUCUUGAUGAAUAACCUUAAACAAUUCUCUAAUAAUUAGAACAAAUGGAAAAUAAUAAAGUAAGAAUCAGAAAAUUACCUAUGAAAUUAUUUGGUACUUAUUAUGAAACUCUAAGAUUAAAUUUAAUUGGAUAGUUAAAAAAUGAAUGUACUCUUCCUAGAAUGAAAAUAUGUCUAGAAGUUUUAGGAUAGAUUGUUAAGGAUUAUAUAGAUAGGAAAAAAAUUCAAGUUUAAUAAUUUAUUCAACCUCCUAUUGAAAAGAAAAAAUUUGAAGAAUCAACAACUAAAAAAAUUAUUGAAUAGUAAAUUGAUCAUCAAUAAGAUUCAUAAAUUAAUCCUAAUUAAAACCUUAGAAAAAGAAAUUUAAAUAAACCAUAAUAUGUUGAAACAGAAACAAAAUGGGAUGAUAAAUGCAAAAAAUGUAAUAAAGGUGGUAAAGUCAUUUGUUGUGAUACAUGUCCAAAAGUAUUCCAUCCUAAAUGUAUUAAUUUGAAGGAAGUACCACAAGGAAAAUGGAAUUGUCUUAAUUGUUUGAGAAAUUUUGAAAGACAAAUUAAAACAAGAGCAAUUGUGAAAAAGUUUGAGAAUCAAUGAA